UUAAGACUGGUUUUGUGGUCCAGUGUCACAUAUAUAGUGUACUCUGUAAUUUAUCAAGUGAAUUAUCUUUCUGUUCCCCAAACAUCGCGAGACGGUAUUUGAGUGGCGUGACGUCAGAACACACAGAAAGUCAACAUGUCGCUGGCGAGUUUUCUCCCUGCACCCACCCAACUGUCCCAGGACCAGCUGGAGGCAGAGGAGAGGUCUCGUCUUCAGAGGUCCCAGUCCACUGCUUUGGUCUCCACCCGCAGAGAACCUCCUCCUUACGGCUUCAGAAAAUCAUGGGUGCCCCGGUCACUAGAGGACUUUGGAGAUGGAGGAGCUUUUCCAGAGAUCCACGUGGCCCAGUUUCCUCUAGAAAUGGGUAGAAAGAAAAGAACCUCCAAUGCUCUGGCAGUGCAAGUGGAUGCAGAGGGCAAGAUCAAAUAUGACUCCAUUGCUAGGCAAGGUCAAGGCAAAGACAAGGUUAUAUUCAGUAAAUACACAGACAUGCUUCCUAAGGAAGUGCUAAACGAAGGUGAUCCUGAGCUGCAGAAACCCGAUGAAGAGGCAGUACAAGAGCUUACAGAAAAGACCAGAGCAGCUCUGGAGAAACAGGUCUCGCAGAAAAUUGCAGCCGCCAUGCCAGUACGUGCUGCAGACAAACAGGCCCCAGCGCAAUAUAUCAGGUACACGCCUUCACAGCAAGGACUGGCAUUUAACUCCGGCGCAAAACAGAGAGUCAUCCGUAUGGUGGAAAUGCAGAAGGACCCAAUGGAACCCCCACGGUUCAAAAUCAAUAAGAAAAUUCCUCGUGGACCUCCAUCCCCUCCUGCUCCAGUCAUGCACUCUCCAAGCAGAAAGAUGACAGUGAAAGAACAGCAGGAGUGGAAGAUUCCACCUUGCAUAUCCAACUGGAAGAACGCAAAGGGUUAUACCAUUCCGCUGGACAAGCGUUUGGCUGCUGACGGCCGAGGACUUCAAACCGUCCACAUCAAUGAGAACUUUGCCAAGCUGGCUGAGGCUCUGUACAUUGCAGACAGAAAGGCCAGAGAGGCUGUGGAGAUGAGAGCUCAAGUAGAGAAGAAGAUGGCCCAGAAGGAGAAGGAAAAGAAAGAGGAGAAGCUGAGGGAGUUGGCUAAAAUGGCCAGGGACAGGAGAGCUGGUAUCAAAGCCCACGGUGACAAAGGUGGUGAGGACACAGAAGUCAGGGAGCGUGACGAGAUCCGUCACGAGAGGAGGAAAGAAAGGCAGCACGACAGGAACAUCUCCAGAGCCGCCCCUGAUAAGAGGUCGAAACUGCAAAGAGAUCAGGACAGGGACAUCAGUGAGCUCAUUGCCCUGGGCCAGCCAAACCCCCGUUCCUCUAGUGAGGCUCAGUAUGACCAGAGACUCUUCAAUCAAAGCAAGGGAAUGGACAGUGGUUUUGCUGGUGGAGAGGAUGAGGUAUAUAAUGUGUAUGAUCAGCCCUUCAGAGGUGGCAGAGACAUGGCACAGAAUAUUUACAGGCCCAGUAAGAAUGCAGAUAAGGACAUGUAUGGAGAUGACCUGGACACACUCAUGCAGAGUAACAGGUUUGUUCCUGAUCGGGAGUUCUCAGGUGCUGACCAUGGCCCCCGCCGGGAUGGGCCUGUGCAGUUUGAGGAGGAUCCUUUUGGUCUGGACAAGUUCUUGGAAGAAGCCAAACAGCACGGAGGUUCCAAAAGGGCGUCCACUAGUGGGCGCUCCAAGGACUACGACCAUGAGAAGAAACGCAGGAAAGAGUGAGACACUUCCUCUGUCCACAGCUGCAUUGUCAAAUCCUCCCCUCCCUACUUUUUUGUAGCUGUGAAUUGAAUUGAAACAUUAGUAAUAUGGUAUAUCAUCCAUUUUUUUAUUUUUAUCAUCCUCAUAAAUCUAAAUGUUUUUUUUUUGUUUUUGUUUUUUCUCAAAAGUGUGAACUUAAACCUGUUGUACUGCAAAGCCACCCUAAUAAAUUUCUUAUAGAGGAUUACA